AUGUUUGUGUGCUCCUUGACCGCUCCAGCGCGCUCUCUGGAGAUGGACAAGAUGAGUCUUGGAGCCUUGACCGCUCCAGCUCGACCCGAUGCCCUUCUGUCUGGAGAUGGACAAGAUUUUUCUUGGAGCAUGCUCGCCAAUCUGAAGUCGCCUACGCACCCAGACCUGGACCUCAAAGACGAAGGCGUGCCGGAUGAGUCGGAUGAGAUCUUUCCGACAGGCUCAGAAAAACUAAGUUCGAUGCCGGACGGUGGUUCCACAGCCUUGGACGAGACGGACUUUAAUCUGUCCGUCAUGACGGAAGACUCCGUUGCCGGCCAAGGCAACAUCGACCCAUGGUUUGACGAGUCGAUGGAAGAGUUCGGGGGAGCCGGUCUUCCUGAGGAGCCAAUGAUGCGAAAGGUCAAUUCAACCAGCUCGUUCCGCAAGCUCGCGGUCCGUGCCCGCCGCGAGCGAAUUCGUUCAGAGCGACGUGAGGUGAUCGUUGACUUCUUGACGAGGAACCACUUCGCUGGAGUCAAUGCACCGCGCUCCCGCUCGGGUUUCAGGUUGCUCUCGGAAUCGGUGUACCCGCUCCAUGUUGCAGCGAAGCAGGGAGAUGCUCACAUGGUACAAGCCCUUCUUCGAGAAGGGGCGGAUUUGUCCAAGAAGAGCUCGACCGGUCAAACUGCAUUGGACAUAGCUCAUGUAUCGAACCAGUUUGGCUCUCACCGCAUGGUGCUCGAGAUUUUGUCCGGACGGUGGAACACCAUGAGCCUCCGCGACCUGAGGGCCACAUCUUGCCGGUGUGCUUAG